CACGUACAAGCCUCGAAAACAAUGUCCCGCCAGCUCGACAACGUCAACCCCACCAUUUUUGCGCCAUCAGCUCCCAGUUUCGUCCGAAGAUCGACAGGAAAAUCGGCCAAAUCGAGCUUAUGGGCUCCCGAAGCUUUGUCAGAUGAUGGGGAGGACUACUACUCCCCAGGAGCGAGAAGUAGCGGUAGUGUCAGUGACGAGGAGGAAGGAAGGGAAGAUAUUGAUGCGCAGGAGGUUUAUGACCUUCUGCGGUCAAUAACCGACCCUGAACAUCCAGUAUCUUUGGAGCAGCUUCGAGUGGUAAACCCUGAGGAUAUUCAUGUUGCUGGAAAUCGUGUGUUGGUGUAUCUUACACCUACAAUCCCACAUUGCUCCAUGUCCACCCUCAUUGGGCUAUCAUUGAGAGUGCGAUUAUUGAGGGCUUUGCCUCCACGAUAUCGGGUGGAUAUUCGAAUCAAAUCGGGAACUCACCAAUCCGAGCACGCAGUCAACAAACAGUUAAACGACAAGGAACGAGUACAAGCGGCUUUGGAGAACAAGCAUCUGUUGAGUGUGGUGGAAGGCUGUUUGGCGACUGCUGGAAAGCGUGGCGAAUAGGCUAGGUAUAUUGUAUCAGAUCAAAAGUGUAUUCAUGUUAAAAAGUUGUAUUGUUAUGCCAUCAUUUUCGUAAGGAUGCAUUCUGGUAACGUCGUAAGAGAUCUUGUUCUAAAGGAAGAAGGAAAAUGCAAGAUUGAAGGAAGAAAGUCUCAAUGCAAAGUGAUAUACAAAUGUAAUUCC